UGCCAUUUAUCGAGCUUAUUGUUUCUGAGAAUUAUUAAAAUGAAUUGCGAACACGAAUUAUUGCAAACUGACGAGGUGUACUCUCAAUGUAUAAAUAUGAUACAAAAUAGUCUCAUAGGAAUUCGACAAGAAAUAACUCCGAUUAAAAAAUUUAUUGGCGAUCGGAAGAGAGACAUUAAAAAAAUAUGUUCAAAAGCUAAGGCAAAGGACUGCGGCAUACUAGGAUUAACACGAGCUUUCUAUCAGUACACAUUAAGGGAGUUGAUGAACAUAGAACAAGCAUGCGAGGAGUGUCUCCUACGUUUAAAAAUCGAUUUGUUAACUGCAACGAGGGAUCGCAUGCAACCACCGUCUUACCUGUCCACGAAGGAAAUAGACAGAAGCUACGAAAUAUGUUGCGACGCAUUAAAUCAGGCUAAGGACGAACUGUCAUGUUGCUAUACUUUGGAAAAUAUAUCUAAAGCGAAUCAGCAUGAUACAGAGCCGAGGGGAUCCAUACGAACUUUGUUUGAUGAAUCUGAUUUGAAGUUUAGACACGAAAUGAUUUAUCUCAGGACGAAAAUGUUCUCGUUGCCCAGAAAACGAGUCGACUUCGAAAGCGGAAACGAAAUCACCGCCGAGUCCGUCGACGAAAAGCACGUCCGCACAAGCGUCAAACUGUCUCUGCAACCGAAAGCCUUCAUGGAAGUCCUCCAUCAAAAAGAGCCACCGCAUUUGUUCUCCAUAGACUACGAAUUAUCUAAACUUCCCAAUUUGAAGUGCAUCGACGGAUAUUUCAGACACUGCGACAUUUGGUCGAGGAUCUUGGACGUCCACGGCAAUCAAUACGGAUCCAGAUGGCAUUUAGUUCUCCGACCUCAAAUAGAACGAAUCGUCAGAAAACGUGCGAUACCUGUCUUACAUCUGAAACCGCGUGCCACUUUCAAUUUUCUGUCCACUAUCGAGGAAAAUGGGGCGAACUUCUUAUUGGAGAAGCGAGAUUUAAUCAGACUGGUAGGAAAUAAAAAGGAAAUUCGAUGCUUGACAACGUGGAGAGCGCAAUUUUGCACGAUCGAAGGACAACAUAUCGCUGCGACCAUGAUACAGGCUCUAUGGCGCGGUUACUUGCUACGAAAAAGAAAACGAGAAUCAAACCGUCUCUACAUCGCCGCGAGCUACAUCUGGUUCUCCUGGCUGGCCCUAAAGCAACGUCGAGACCUCCACCAGCGUUACCUGCAGCGAAUGCUGAUCUCCCUGCAAACCACCCGCGAGUUGUCCCUAAAACUCAGCAAGGAGUUCAACAACAUAGUGAAAUAUCCCCACGUGAUGAUCCACCUGCCCUCCAUCGGUCAUCCGUACGACGUCCGUCAAACCUUCGACCCGAAGACGUUCCGGCUGAUGCAGAACGUGUCGAGCAUGAGGAUCUGCAUGGUCCGCAACCCCAACACGGAAAUAAUCUACGUUCUCCCCUUGAAACCGACGGAGGACCUGCUGAUGAUGUACAGCGACUUGAUCGAGUCGAUAAACCCAGCGGACUCCAAACGCAUCACCUUCAUCGCUCUGUCGCAGAUCGACACCUUCAAAAACCGAUCUAUGAACUUGUCGCGAAUCCUGCAUUGCUCUGAGGACUCUUUACAAGAAAUAAGAAAGAAAAUCGCCGGGAAGGCGGCAUUUUUCUUGCCGUGGUUCGUCGAUGAGUGCGACAUGCGUCUGGCAGGUAGUCUGAACAUUCCUCUGCUGAGUCCAGACAUGGAACUCCAGCGUACGAUGCUGAACGCGUCCACCAUGACGUCCAUCAUCGAGAACCUGGGUCUGCUGCAGCCCAUACACGCCAGGAACAUUAAGGACUACAAAACUCUCUGUACUACUCUGGCAAACUUCAUUGUUCUUCAUACGGAGGUCUGCGUGUGGCUCAUCAAGCUCAAUUACGGAAUACUGAACAGACACUUCGGCAUCUUUCUUAUUAAUCACAUAAGCGUUCCGUUUAUGCCGCUGCUGAGGAGGGAGAGGGAGAAACAUGGACAGGCGUGGAAGCAGUAUCCUAGUUUGAGGGAAGCGUUCCUGGAGCAGUUGAUGCAACAUUUGCCCAGGGUCGUUUCGAGCGUGACGCGGUUGUCCAAGUUGUAUGCGUCAUGGAAGGAGUUCUUUGUGCACAUUCAGAAGUAUGGGUGCUUGCUGCAGGCUAUUCCUAUGGAGAAGAACUCGAAGACUAUUUCGGUGUCGCUGUUUUUGGCGGGAAAGUGGUCGGGGAUGCAACCGAAGUGGAUUGGGACUGCUGAUAAGCUUAAUUUGGAGUCAGAAGUGAUUUCGACCUUCCUGUACAUGAUACCACAGAGCUCGUUGGACAUGAACGAACUGAAGAGCACCGUUAAUAAAUUCGCUAUGGGGAUUCAAAAUGACGGUUACGUUGGUUAUUUAACCGUCGAUUGCUAUUGUUAUACGGAUCAAUACGACGAAAAAUUGACGGUGUUGCUGCAGAACGUGCGGCCCUUUUAUUCCUUUGUGGAAAGUUAUAUUGAUUGGCUGAAAUUUGUUAUUGGAGGAACAUACAUUGCAGAAAAGAAUCAGUUCCUGGCGGAUGUUCCUGUAAUCCCAGACUCCCAGCGCAAGAAUUCGGCCAUUUUCGUAUCUCACAGAACACCAAAAUGGAACGAAACACAAGAAAGAUGCGCCAUAAUAAUCGGUCAAAUGUAUCAUACACGGUUUUCAGUUUACCGAUGGCCUCAACUCAAGGAUUUAUUCGAAAGAUGUGGUAUAACCUUCGAUUCAAAGAAAAAGCUAGGAUCCAGCAUAAUCUUGCACGACAACGAAAUUCGACAUUUCGGACUCAUGAUAGCUGCCAGUCCCUCAAUGGUGGACACAUUAACCAUGGCUUGUACUAAUUUGAUAAAACUGAACGAAGCACUUACUUUGAAAUCAAAAGGAAAAUUUGAGACGAAUUUACCAACGCUUAUUGAUUUCUUUGAGCGACAAAUUCUUGAUUAUAAGAAUUUGGCUGUUGAUGAAUGUCUGCCUAAUAUGUGAAUUACUAGUUGUGAUUUUGUAAUCUGACUUAAUGUAGCUUUUAUUAAAACCAUUAUAAUUUUUAUUGAAACUUGU